ACGUGCAACCUUUCAAGUUUGUUUUUAUCUUGCGUGGAUUUUUUGUUUGAAAAUUUAAUUAAUUGAGGAAGUUCCUUUGCCUUUUAAAGGUUUUAUUGAGAUGAAAAAAUACCACAUCAUCGGAUAUGUAUUAGCAUUAGUCAUUUCUUCUACACAACAAGUUUUUGGUAAUGAUUUUAAGGGAUUUGAUGAUAAUAUUUUAUUUUCAUUAAAUUUUCCUGGAAAUAAUUUUUUAUUAACAAAUGAAGAGGAAUCGACUUUGGUGACUACACAUAUAAAUGAAAAAUAUCAAUGUCAUUUACCAAAAUUAGCAAACAAAAAUGGUGAAUUAGAGAAAACUACAUUGGAAACAUCAGUUUUAGAUUAUUUAGAACCUUUGUUUAAAGGCGAUGUCUGUUCCUAUAGAAUCGAAUCAUAUUGGACUUAUGAAAUAUGCCAUGGAAAUUACAUUAAACAGUAUCAUGAAGAGCGUGAUGGAAAGACAACAAAGCUUCAGGAAUAUUAUCUAGGUAAAUGGAAUAAAUUGUUGACUGAGGAGUUAAGGAAAAAAUUGGAAGCGAAUAGAGAUGAAAAAUUAAAAUACAAAAAAAUUGAUGGCUUAAAUUUACCAUAUUUUGAAGUUGAGAUGAUUGAUGGUACUCUCUGUGAUUUAAAUAAUGAACCGAGAAUCACAAGAGUUCUGUAUGUCUGUUAUGCACACGGUAAAAAUGAAAUAUAUUCAUUAAAAGAAACAUCAACUUGCAACUAUGAGAUUGUUGUCUUGACUCCUACAUUAUGCCUUCAUCCCAAAUAUAAGAUCCAGGAAACGACUGAAAAUGCUAUUAAUUGUAUCCCGCUCGAGAAUUCCCCGAAGAAACCUAAAAGUCUUUUGGGAAUGGAAGUUGAAAGUAUGAAGCUUCGCUAUCAAAAAUUGAUGGAUGUAAAUAAGGGUCUUAAAGAAGCUAUAGCAGUGUUUAAGUUAGACUCAAAGGAUGGAAAGCUCACAAUGGAGCUCGUUGAAGAUGUAAGUGCUAAACAAAUUGAAGACAUUUUUGGAAAGAUUGAGAGUGGAGAAAAGACAAAAAAGCCAUAUUCUCAAUUUUCUACAACGCCAGAAGACACAUCAAUAGUCGAAAGUUUCUUGUCAGGUAAAACAUGCUUAACUGGAGGAACUGGUUGGUGGAAAUAUGAAUUUUGUUAUGGAAAAUAUGUUAAACAAUAUCAUGUUGACAAAUUUGGUGGAAAAACCACAAUUAUGUUGGGAACGUUUGAUGAAAGCAUGCAUCAAGAUUUUCUCAACACACAUCCAGAAAAAAGACCAAAAGCAAAGACUCAAAGAAAGCAAAUUACAAACUUAUAUUCAAAAGGUAGUGUCUGUGAUAAGACUGGAAAAUUCAGACAAGUUGAAGUUAUAUUAAAAUGUUUGGAAAACUCACAAUCAGCAUCACAGGUCUCACUAUACUUGUUGGAACCAACAGUUUGUAAUUAUGUAUUGGGAGUGGAAAGCCCACUUGUAUGCAAAAUCAUUGAUAAAGUAGGUGAUGAUGGAUUAAUGCCAAAGAAUAAUGAACGCAGCGAUAAAUCGGAGGAAAAAAUUACAGAAGGAGUAGUAAUAGAUGAUGAAAAUAAUAUUCACUUUCAAAAUAAUUAAAAAGCUAGAAAUUUAAAAAGUGAUAAUUUAUUGAUGUUAUUUUGGUUAUUUUUAAAAAUAAAGUAAUUAAGUCAUAAAUAUUUUUUGCAAUUUUUUGAUUUUAUUUCUCAUCUGCAAUUUCAGCUGUUACUUUCGUAAAUAGUUGAUUCCAACUCCAAACAUCGUCUUUUUCUUCUAUAUCACUCUCAUUUUCAAGAACUUCAAGUAAAAUUGUCAAGUCAACUUUAUCAUCAAAACUAAUGCUGCUGCUUUUUAAAAUCUCAACAUUCAGUUCCUUCUUAUAAGCGCUUUUAUUCUGAACCGGCUCAUUAAUUUUUUCAUCCAUUUCAACAUCAUCGAUUUCGGGGAUUUCAAUUUCAUUAGUGUUAUCCAAUGAAUUUAGGAACCGAUCUUUUUCUAUAUUUUCAAAAACAUUUUUCUUACUAGACGAUUUCUUAAAUUCAUCCAUCCAUCCUUGUUUCUUCGGUGAGGUUGCAGACAUCUUCUAAUGUUUAAUUUUAAGUAAUUAAUCGUAUGUUUCUCAUCAAUUUUAUUAAUGUUAUAAUUCUAUGUUGCUUAGCAACAUAGUUGUUUGCAAACAAAUAUCAAAU